AUGGCUAUCCUCAACAGCCUCCACAACAACAGCCUCCACACCAGCCUCAGCCGUACGCCCCUCAGCAUGGUGGCCAGUAUGCUCCUGUCCAGCACGCACAGGCAGGCCCGGGUGGCUAUCCUCAACAACACCAGCAGCAGUGGCCUGACCAAGGGCAGCCUCAACACCCACACCACCCCGGCCAGCCUGCUCUGCCUGCUCAGAACUACCACCCUAAUUACGCUCAACAUAUAUACCAGCAGCAACCUCCGUACGGGGCCCAGCAGCAGCAGCAGCAGGGUCAGCAGCCUGGUUAUGGGACGGCACCGCCUCCGCAGCAGCCGUAUGGACAGUCACAUCCUCCUCCACAGCAGCCAAGUGGUCCUCCGCAGCAAUGGGCCCCUCCCGCACCCUCGCAUUCUCCCCCGAAUCAACCCCACCAGCAGCAAUACGGUGCCGCAAGGGGCCGAGGAGGACACCACGGGCAGCCAAAGGCUCAACAGAUGGGGCCGCCCAUUCGCAUGGGGUUUGACAGCGGUCCGCCGAGGGAUCCCACUGCUCCAUAACAAUCGCAAGUCAGGUGGCGGUCCUGCCACACCUCAGACGCACCAUCAGAAGCCUGAUGCUGCCUCUGCUGGCAAGAAGAAGAAGCGCAAGACCAAUACGCUCGGUCUGACGCCGGGCGACGAGUCUGAUGAUGACUUCGACGAAGAGGCCAAGCUCAGCGAGCUGAUUGGCGCUGAUGCCCCUGAACCCUCAGACAUCGCAGCGUGGAUCGCGGAACGCAAGCGCAAUUUCCCCACCAAGACUCGCGUCAAGGCCAAGCUGGCCGUGGAGAAGGAGAGUGAGGCCAAGGACGAGCGUGCUCUGGCUCUUGAAAAGGAGCAGCAGAGGGCCGACAAGCUGCGCCGCGAGCUGGAGAAAGUGGAAUCCAGCCUGAAGCGAAAGCGCGAGCAGCAGGAUGCCGGCGACGAGAUGCGUGAUGUCGCUGCAAGUUCCUCGAUAUCGCCAUCAGUCAAGUCCGAGAACGAGAAACCCGAGGCCAUGUCCACUAAACCGGAUCCUAAUGCCAACCUCCCACCACCUCCGAAGAAAGCCGACCCUACCAAGCAUUGCAAAUACUACUCCACUGGGGGCACCUGUGGCAAGAAGGGCAAGUGCCGCUUCGUCCACGACGCCGAGGUCCGAGAGGCUGCACUCAAGGAGAGAGAGAUGAACGGGGGACGAAUGACCUUGCAGCAACGGUUGGCCCUCAACGACAAGGACCAACAGGACAUGACCAUUGUCAAGGCCAUCAAGUAUCUCCAGGAAAAAGGCCUGAUGGAGCCCAAGCCCAAACCCAAACCCGCGAACAACGGUGUAACCAAUGGUCAUACUGCCGCUCCUGCCACCAAGUCGUCUCUGCCUCCUCCGCCCGCUAGCGGUCUUCCACCUCAGCCACCUCCCAGUGUCGUGUCGCCGCCAACAGUCCGCUACCAAGGAUGGAACCUGAGUGGGUUUGGAAACACAGGUGUUCAGAGCGACUAA